AUGCCGACUUUAGAAGCUCCAGAAGAGAGGCUAAGGAAAUUUAAGUACCGAGGCAAAGAUGCAUCGAUGAGGCGGCAACAGCGGAUGGUGGUCAGUCUGGAGCUCCGGAAGGCCAAGAAGGACGAGCAAGCCCUAAAGAGAAGGAACAUCACUGAUCUCUCCCCCAACCCAAGUUCUGAGAAACUGGCCAAAGCGGUCAGCCUCACCCUGGAUGAAAUAGUCAGUCGUGUGAAUGGCACAGACCCGCACCUAUGUUUCCAGGCCACCCAGGCAGCCAGGAAAAUGCUGUCCCAGGAAAGGAACCCUGCUCUAAAACUGAUUGUUGAAGCAGGGCUUGUCCCCAGGCUGGUGGAGUUCCUGAAGUCUUCCCUUUACCCCAGCUUGCAGUUUGAGGCAGCCUGGGCUCUGACCAACAUUGCUUCAGGGCCGUCAGAGCUGACCCAAGCUGUUGUGGAAGGAGGUGCCGUCCAGCCCUUGAUUGAGCUCCUGUCUUCCCCUGAUGUGGCUGUGUGUGAACAGGCAGUGUGGGCUCUUGGUAAUAUAGCAGGUGACAGCCCGGAGCUCAGAGACAUUGUUAUCUCAAGCAAUGCCGUCCCGCAUCUGCUGGCCUUGGUUUCAUCAACCGUAUCAAUCCCGUUUCUGCGUAAUAUCACGUGGACCUUGUCCAACCUGUGCCGGUACAAGAACCCAUACCCUUGUGCAAAGGUUGUCAAGCAAAUGCUACCUGUCCUCUUCUACCUCCUGCAACACCAUGACACGGAGAUUCUCUCGGAUACCUGCUGGGCCCUGUCCUACCUCACUGAUGGCUGCAAUGAGCGCAUCGGCCAAGUGGUUGGCACAGGGGUCCUGCCCAGGCUGGUGGAGCUCAUGAAGAGCUCAGAACUCAGUAUCUUGACCCCCUCUCUCCGUACAGUGGGGAACAUCGUCACAGGAACGGAUCAGCAGACCCAGGUGGCCAUUGAUGCAGGCAUGCUGAGUGUGCUGCCCCAGCUUCUAAGUCACCCUCGGUCCUCCAUCCAGAAGGAGGCGGCCUGGGCCCUGAGCAACGUGGCUGCAGGGCCCUGCCAGCAAAUCCAGCAGCUGAUCACUCACGGCAUGCUGCCUCCCUUGGUGGCUCUGCUGAAAAAUGGAGAAUUUAAAGUCCAGAAAGAGGCUGUCUGGACGGUGGCUAACUUCACAACUGGGGGCACUGUGGACCAGUUGAUCCAGCUUGUCCAGUCUGGGGUCUUGGAGCCACUGGUAAAUCUGCUUAGUGUCCAAGACCCCAAAAUUGUUCUCAUCAUCCUUGAUGUCAUCUCCUGUAUUCUCCAGGCAGCAGAGAAACUCUUCAAGAAGGAGAAGUUAUGUCUUCUGCUAGAAGAACUCGGUGGGAUUGAUAAAAUUGAGGCUUUACAACUUCAUGAGAACCGUCAGAUUGGCCAGACUGCUUUGAACAUUAUCGAGAGCCACUUUUUUGAGGUAAACGACUUUGCAGUGGAAAGGGGUGCCCACAUCUCCUGGUGGGCUGAUCAGCAGUGA